CGCUUCGGAGUGUCUCUGCUACGGGAAAUGUGACUUUCAGGAAGUUCGUAGAAGUUGGACGAGCCACGAUCAGAAAUCAAUCGUGUACAUUUUUAAUAAGAAUUAAAGAGAAGCGAGAAAGUUGCACAAUUAUCUCUAUGUAACUACCCAAAUACUUUAUAAGGUAGCCAAACGCAUAGAGUUGUUUUCUAACAAAUAUUCAUUUCAAAAUCACUCGCAUUAGUAAGCAGCUGUUUUGAUCAUGGCUCAGGAUUUUGUUUGUUUAUUGGGACUACUUUCCUGAGAGAUUGUAUUUUAUAGAGAACUAAUAUACAUUGACUUGGAAAGUUAGAAAGUAAAAAUAAAACCAAGUGAACCUGUGUGAGUGACAGACAGGCUCUGUCAGCAGCAGCAUGAACCGCGUACCGCCCCUGCAGCCUCAAGUCUGUGGCCCCUGGGAGCUGAAGGAGCGCCUUGGAACCGGAGGGUUUGGCUUUGUCACACGCUGGCAGAACAAGGAUACGGGGGAGCAGAUUGCUAUCAAACAAUGUCGCCAAGAGCUGAGCACCAAGAACAGGGAGCGCUGGUGCCUGGAGAUCAAGAUCAUGAAAAGGCUGAACCAUGAGAAUGUGGUGGCUGGUCGGGAUGUCCCAGAAGAGCUCCAGAAACAGGGCCCCAAUGAUCUCCCCCUACUGGCCAUGGAGUACUGUCAGGGUGGCGAUCUGCGAAAGUACCUGAAUGGGCUGGAAAACUGCUGUGGGAUGAGGGAGGGCUCCGUCCUGAUCCUUUUGCGGGACAUUUCCUCUGCGCUGACCUACCUUCACAAGAAGCGGAUCAUCCACAGAGACCUCAAGCCAGAAAAUAUCGUUUUGCAGCAAGGAGACAAGCGAUUGAUCCAUAAGAUCAUAGACCUGGGUUAUGCUAAGGAACUAGACCAAAACAGCCUGUGUACAUCCUUUGUGGGAACUCUGCAGUAUCUGGCCCCGGAGCUGGUGGAGCAGCAGAAGUACACCGUGACAGUGGAUUACUGGAGCUUCGGGACCCUGGUGUUUGAGUGCAUCACCGGCUUCCGCCCGUUCCUGCCCGCGUGGCAGCCUGUGCUCUGGUUUGCCAAGUUAAAACAGAAGCAUGACGAUGACAUCAUGAUAUACGAAGACCUGGCGAAUGAAGUGCAUUUCUCCAAACACCUGCCCCAACCCAAUAAUCUGAACAAGCUGCUCUCUGAGAAGCUGGAGAGGUGGCUGAGGCUUCUGCUGAAGCUGUCCCCCCAGGAGAGGGGCAAGGACCCCCAGUACGGCCCGAAUGGCUGCUUUGCCGCCCUAGACCACAUUCUGGACCUCAAGCUGGUCCACGUGCUGAACAUGGUGUCAGCGAAGAUCCACACGUACCCUGUGCAGGAAGGUGAGACCGUGGCCGUACUGCAGGAGCGAAUCGCCUGCGACACCCAUAUUCCCACGGCCAAUCAGGAGCUGCUGCUGGAGGCGGGGCUGGCGCUGGAGCCGAAGCGCUCCGUGCUGGAGUGCGCCGUGGAUUACAGUCUGAUCGACGGGCGCAGGACGGACUUGCCCCUCGUCUUCCUGUUCGACCGCAGCUGCAGCAGCUACGAGCCGCAAUUCAACCCACGCUUGCUGCCCGAGAACAUCCGCUUUGUGCAGAUGGAGCCCAAGCGCCAGCUUCCCUACGGCCCCCUGCGUCGCACCUACGGCCAGGCCUGGCACACCAUCCGUACCCUGAAGGAGGACUGGCAGCGGCUCCAGCAGGGCCAGAAGGCCGCCAUCAUGAGUCUCCUGCGUCACAACAGCUCCCUGUCCAAGCAAAAGAACGAGAUGGUGUCCAUGCACCAGCGUCUGCGGGCCAAACUGGACUUCUUCAUGACCAGCCUCCAUAUCGACAUGGACAAGUACCAGGAGCAGAGGACCACGGGCAUCGCCUCUGAGAAAAUGCUGAGUGUCUGGAGGGAGAUGGAGGACACCGCCGUCACCUGUGCUCAGACAGAAGAAGUGAGCAGACUGGAUGAAGAGAUGAUGUCACUGCAGACAAACAUCGUGGACAUCCAGAGGCAGCCGUGGAGGUCGGGGGAGGCCUUGGACACGCUUGAAGGGAAGGCCAUGGAGCUGUUUCGCAGCCUCAGAGAGAAGCCCAGAGAGCAGCGCUGUUCAGGUGACUGUCAGGAGGUUGUGCGGCUGGUGGUUCAGGCGGUGCAGUUCUACGAGAAGAAGCUGAGGGACUUCUACACACACCUGAGUAAGACGGUGGUGUGCCGGCAGCGCGUCAUGGACCUGCUGCCACGUGUGGAGGGCCUGGUGAGCCAGAUGGCUGACAGGGAGCAGGCGCUCAUGGCCCUGCAGGAGAAGCGGCAGAGAGAGCUCUGGAAUCUGCUCAAAGUGGCCUGUAGCAAGGUACGCAGCCCUGUGAGUGGCAGCCCCGACGGGGGGCGUGGCUCCCCCUCCGUCCAGUCUCUCCAGCCUCCCUCCACCAGCCUAGAGCCCAGCCAGUCACGAGAUGAAUCCUAUCAAGUGAUCGAGGAGAGCAGGAUGUUUGAGAGUCGAAUGCAGAGCUUAGUGCAGGAAACUAUCCACGAGAGCGACAUGGAGCUUCUCAGGGACUGGCACUGGCUUAAUGGAGACCUCUCUUGAUACUCAGAAAUUCAUCACAGUGAAGGAGAAACUGUCUGCAUACACCAGCUGGAAUCACUUUCGCUUCAAGUGCCUCUAAGAUGCUUUUGUAGCUCGAUGCCGCCUCUGUAUGGAAGGAACAAAUUAUUACAGGUUUAUGUGGAGCUACAAGGAUGGUCUGUAGUUCUGUUUUUUUAAUCCACUUUUUUUUUUUUUUUACUGUUUCACAACAGCUACAAUUUCAGAGCCCUUCUCUUCCUGAAAUUUUAGUGUGUAUUGAGGUAUCAGGUUUUAACUUAAAAUCAUGGCUACAGUUUGAUAGAAUUGAGGAACAAUGUUGAAAGGGCACAUUUUUAUGGUAUUUUGCAAACCAUUCCUGAGGCAGAGAGAUAGUGCUUUGUAAACUUUUAUGCCCUGUGAAAAGGAAACCUGAUUUUAAGGUACUGGUACGAAGAAGAAAAAUAUCUGCUUUUAAAGUAAACGAGGCAGAGUUACAGUCUGAGCUCGAAGCCCAUUCCUGGAACAGAGUUACAGUCUGAGCUCGAAGCCCACUUCCGGAACGGAGUUACAGUCUGCUCUCAAAGCCGGCUUCCGGAACAGAAUUACAGUCUGCGCUCCAAGCCCGCUUCUGGAACGGAAUUACAGUCUGCGCUCCAAGCCCGCUUCCAGAACAGAAUUACAGUCUGCGCUCCAAGCCCGCUUCCGGAACGGAGUUACAGUCUGUGCUCCAAGCCCGCUUCGGGAACAGAAUUACAGUCUGUGCUCCAAGCCCGCUUCGGGAACAGAAUUACAGUCUGUGCUCCAAGCCCGCUUCCAGAACAGAAUUAUAGUCUGCGCUCCAAGCCCGCUUCCGGAACAGAGUUACAGUCUGCGCUCCAAGCCCGCUUCCAGAACAGAAUUAUAGUCUGCGCUCCAAGCCCGCUUCCGGAAGAGAAUUACAGUCUGCGCUCCAAGCCCGCUUCUGGAAUGGAGUUACAGUCUGCGCUCCAAGCCCGCUUCUGGAACAGAAUUGCAAUCUGCGCUCCAAGCCCGCUUCCAAAACAGAGUGGCAGUAGGACCAAGGCUGAAAGCAGUCAGAGGCUUCAUUUCUGUGCUUUUCACUAACGGACUUAUAAUUCCAGCUUAAUUUGUAGAAAACACUUGAAUUUUUUUUUUAAUUAUUAUUUUGGUGUUGGUUUUAUAUAUCUGGGAAUAUCUGUCUGCAAUGGUUUGUAAUCCUUGUACUUUAUAAGAAAAUGUAGUGGUUUUAUUGUGAUCUUUGAAGAAGUAAUCUCCUUUAAAAUAUCACUGAAGGUUUUACUGUGUCUAUUAAUAAUUUGGCAUUUUAACUUCUGUGACUUAAAAAAAGAAAUUUAAAGCUGUGUUUUUUUGUAUUUAAAGGCAAACAGUUAUGGCACUUUUCUACCACACCUACUAUGGUACUUUCCCUUUUCCAUUGACUUCCAGUCGAGUUCCAGUACCAAAAGUGUGAAACCAGCCGGGGUACUUCCUUGGUACUUUGGGAUGGGAUCUGAAACAUUUAUCGACUGGUUGUACAAAUAGCCUGCUUCUGAAACACAAUACAAACGGCACCUUGAAAACAGUUAUGAUCUCAGAAAAGAGUGAUAAAGUUAAAAUAUAUUGUGAUCUGGUCAGAAGAUCAGGAUGGCGUGACAAGAAAUUAAAACAGUAUUUUGUUUAAUAUACUAGGAUCCUAGCAAUGUGAUUUUGUUGUAAUAAAUAUUCAGGUAUUUAUAACACAAAAGGGGAAGUUCAUACGUUUCUCACAAACUCAUGUAUGAGUGCCGUAAACGCUCAUGCAGAAGCAACGGAGGUAAAACUUUAAACUGAUUUUUAAACAGAUAAUCUAUAAAAGGAAUAAUGAUUAAAAGGGAGUAAAAAUGUUUUAGCGAAAGACAAACUCUCUGGUUUGCAUACCAAAAACUGUUUAUAUUACAAAUAUAUCUGUGCAUUUGCUAAGAUGUUUCUGCCUCCUUGUGAUUGUUUUGUCCUUUUAUAUCUUUUGACAGUAUAUGACUGUGUGUUGAUUUCAGUGUCAUACAAUGAAUACCUGUUUUCUUAACGUGUUAUCUGAAAAAAACAUUAAUUGGUAUUAAAAUGUCUUAAAUCCA